UAACAGUGAAUGCAAAUACUAGAUAAUUGUAUUGUAGGAGGUGAGUACAAAAGAACGAAAGCUCUACUUUCAGGCAACCUAAAGCCCCAAAAAGCUCUCCUUUUCAACCAGCUAUAAUCUCUCUUCUCCAGCUACUCUCCUUGAACCUUAAAGGGUAAAGAGCAUUUGUUUUAGAAGCACAAGUGAAUAUUAUAUAAAGCAAACGCGUGAACCUGCAGAAAGAAGACGACUCUGCUUCAACAUAACUUCAAUAGGUGUUUUGUGGAUGCAAGUCGUAAUGGAGAAUACUGUGUACAUUCAUGGAAUGGAUAUAUAUAUAUAUACUCAGUCCUGAUGUUUACAUGUGUUUUGCUUGAUUCUGCUGCUUAUAAGCUUGGCGGGUUUUGUUAAUGGGAGAUGAAUAUCACUGGCAAACGGCGCCACCCACGGUGGCUCCGUUGAAUUUAGAGAGGGAAGAGCACUGGAGACGUUUUGACAACUCGGUGAAUGCGGUUUCGUUCGGGUUUGUAGCCACCGCGAUUCUCAUAUCAAUGUUCCUCGUUAUGGCCAUCUUCGAGAGGUUUCUCAGGCCAGCUUCAUUCUCCUCCGAUGCUGCAACCCCUAAUGAUCUUGAAUCUCAAGCUAUGUUCAAUGUCAAGCUUAAUUACCCUUCUCCCAAAAUGACAGUUUAUGUGAAUGAGGUAUCGGUUUUAAUGCCCGGAGAAGAAGCACCUACUUUCAUUGCACAUCCUGCUCCAGUGCCGUGUCCCCCAAACCACACCUUGAAGCCUCUGCAUCAACUCAACCAAAGCCGAAGCAUGGCAUGAAAACAAAGCACCAGGGUUUCUUUUAUAUUUGUACAUUUGCAUUUGGGUUUAACUGAACAAUAAUUGCUCAAACUAUCUUUUAUUUUUUCUUCA